AUGAACGCAGCAGCAGAGUGGCGCAGGAAGCCUCGUGCCUUGCUGCAGCAGCAACUGCUGCUGCUGCUGCAGCUGUUGCUGCCGCUGCUGCUGCAACAAGGCACCGGUGCUGCAGCAUUUGCUUCCCGCUGCAGCACGGCUGCAGCAGCACCCAGCUGCUUGGGGCCCCCUAAAUCUUCUUUCCUAGGAUACGUGCUGCCGAUUGCUGCUGAAAGGUCAGCAGCAGCAACAGCAACAGCAGCAGCAACAGCAGCAGCAGCAGGAGAGAGCUUUGAGGGGGAGGCUUCGCUAGGACCCGAGUCUCAGCAGGAAGACUCAUCAUGGAGACAGCAGCAACAGCAGCAGCAGCAGCAGCCACAGCAGCAGAGACCGCAGCAGCAGCAACAGCAAACAGGCUGGAAUGACUGGGGCAGCAGCAGCAACAGCAACAACAACUGGCGGCAGUCCUGGAGGCCCAGACGGCCUUGGGGUGUACGGGCAUCUGCUAGGCAGCCAUACCCGCAGCAGCAGCAGCAGCAGCAGCAGCAGCAGCAGUUUAAUGGUGCAGCACCGGAGGCAGGAUCUUAUUGGGGGCCCCCGCGCUGGCAGCGGCGGCGUUCAGCAGCAGCAGCAGCAGCAGCAGCAGCAGAGGGGUACCCGCGAUCGCAGGUGAUGCCUCACCGUCUGUUAGGAGGGCAGCAGCAGCGGCAGCAACUGCAGCAGCAGCAGCAGCAGCAGCAUUGGUUUGCAUCUGGCGGCGGAGGAGGAGCAGCAGGAGCAGCACCUGUUGGUUGGUUGCGUGAACUCGAUGUAGGUUUGCUGCUGCAGCAAGACAAAGAGCUGCAGCAGCAAAUAGAGAGCGUGCUGCCGCUUCGUUUCUCUUUAGAGACGCUUGAAGAUUUAGUUGAAGGAUGCAGAAGGCAGCAUUUGCUGCAGCUAAGGAGACACCAGGGCCCCCCCCCUAUUGUUACUUCUCUUCCUGCUGCUGCUGCUGCUGCUGCUGCUGCGGGUGAGGAGACAGAUGCAGAUGCAGCAGCAGAUGCAGCAGCAGCAGCAGCACCUUACGGCACUUGGUGGUUUCCGCUAAGCGCCUCUUAUGCUGCAGCUAGAGAUCGCGUGCAAGCAGAAGCAGAGCAGCAACAGCAGCAGCAGCUGCUGCAGCAGCUGCACAGCAACAUGCUGCUCCUGCAGCAAGAAGGCAGACAGAGACGACGGAGACGAGAGAUCCUCUCUGAGGCCCUAGCUAGACACGGGCUAGAAAUCAACCCCGCGAGUUGGCUGUGCCGGUCUUUUAUUUACACUCGGCGUACUUCAAUUAAAACUCUUGUUGCUGCUUUGUGGAGACACCGCGUGCUUGAUCAACUCUACCAGCCCAUGCAGCAGCAGCAGCAGCAGCAGCAGCCGCAGCAGCAAGUGCAGCAGCAGCAGCAGCAGCAGCAGCAAGGAGGGGGGCUGGAGGCCCUCGAAGACGACUGGCGGAAGCACAUUCUGUGGACUACAGGAAUGGAUCUAGCAGCACAUCCGCAACUAGACAGAUGUUUGCUGCUGCAGAAGGAAGCCUUCAUUCAGAGGCGCUAUCUGGCGGUGGUGAGGAGACACCCCAGCUAUAGGUUUCGUUUCAUCCCCCCCCAAAACAGCAGCAGCAGCAGCAGCAGCAACAGCAGCAGCAGCAGCAGCAGCGCAGAGUUCCCACCGCAGCUGACGAUGAGGCGGAGAGGACAGCCGCUGCCCACCAGAGAGGCAAUGCAGCAAGAAGAGCAGCAGCAGCAGCAGGAUAUGCAGCAGCAGCAGUUGCUGCUGCCAAGCGACAAAAUAGAUGACGCAAAUCCGGCUUUCGGGGGGAUUGCAGCAGCAGCAGCAGAAGGCGAGACGCCAGUAGCAGCGGAAGAAGCAGCAGAGGCAGCAGCAGAAGAAGCAGCAGCAGCAGCAGAAGCCUCUGAACCUUCAACAAAAAGCCGCCUCUCUCGCAGGGGCCGGCGUACCUCGCAGCAGGAUACAGCAGCAGCAGAAGCAGCAGCUGUAGAAGCAGCAGCAGCAGAAGUAGCAGCUGUAGAAGCAGCAGCAGCAGAAGCAGUAGAAGCAGCAGCAGCAGAAGCAGCAGCAGCAGCAGAGGACUUGGCUGUGGGGGAGGCCGUCCUUUCUGGGGGCCCAGAUGGCGGCGAUGAAGACAGCAGCAGCAGCAGCAGCAGCAGCAGCGAGAGCACCGAUAUUUCAGUAGACGAUCUGUCAUCUCCUGUUGAGGAGACACAGUAG